AUGAAUCGACCCGCUAUCAUUUCCUAUACAGAGUUGACGCUCCCAUUCCCCUCGACAAGAGGUUUAUGGUUUGCUCCCUCUGCCGAGGCCUGGCGGGAUAUCUGGAUAGCGUACCAGUUGACUGGUUGCUCCGAGCUCAAUCUACGUGAUCUAUUAUCAGAUCCGUCAUUGAUGACUCAACUAGCUCCCGAACUAGAUAUCGAAGUCGCGAGAUCUGCCCUUCUGCAGGGUCUUGCGCUGCAGGUUUGGGAGUUCCGUCAACAAAUGCUUCUAUCUCAGACUUCUCUAUCUGGCCCGCGUGCGACAACUCAGUUAUGGCUACAAAGUCGACAAGAAGACUUAUAUACGACCCUUCGAGCGGUACAGCAAGACUCCCUAAGCGUACCCCCGGUGACAACUUUGAUGAGCGAGUUCGUGAUGAUGUACCUCCACAUAGAUAUUGACGCAAUCCAGCGCUUCGUCGGAAGAAUGGGCGAGCUAGAUGCCCGUCGCGCCUAUCCCGGGCUUCGGGACUGGAGCCGGACGAAAGAAGCGCGGUUUGCCAUUUGGCACGCUGGCCAAAUGUUUCGAGCGGCUCGUAACGUGGCGGCAUAUCAGUUCCGCGGCUUUGAAUCCUUGGCUAUCUACCAUGCCACGCUGGUUCUAUGGGUGUACGGUUUGAUUCAAUGUGGCGAGACCAAGCGACUCGAGGUGACUACCCCUAUGAGUGAAGCCGACUUGACUGCACCAGUUCCCCUGGAUGAACCCGAGAACCAAGUGACGAAGUCGUUCCUAAGCCACGGCGUUGGGCGACCCGGAUUAAUGAUGCUUCAGUAUCGUGGAAAGAACGAAGGAGAUGUAAAGGUUUUUUAUGAAUUGGCCAAGCCUCGUGCAGUAACAGCGGUGGCACAGCAGGUGUUUGAAGGGAAUUGCCGACUUCCUUUCUCAGAUGUUUCACUUCCACCGAUAAUUCAAAACCUAUAA